AUCAAAACAGCGGUAAACACAGUUGGGGGUGUACGCAGUAGCUCUUUAGAAAUCGGUGUCUUUCCUGUGCCUGCUUUGCCUGUGCCUGCUUUGUCUUGUUUUUCGAAGAAGUAAAGACAAAGGCAGCGAGUAUAGCUCGAGGUUAAUAACCUAAAGACUGCUCAGUAAAGUGAACAGGACAAGCAGAGAGCAAUUUUCUUCUCGGAAUUUGAUCUCGGAUCAGACGCUUGGAAUUGAAACCGUUCACCGGAUCAUCAGGCGCCGAACGAUCGGUAAGCUGCAAGCAUGUCGCAAUCUAAACAUACGGCUGCAGGCGAUUCCGGUAACGACGGGGGGCCGUUAGACCACCAGGACAAUGUUCAGCGUACGGCCGGAUUUACCAGGCGUCAGCAGUUUCCGAUGCCUGAGCCGGACGAUGAUGACGACUUUGAGGACAGUGGCGAAGGUACGGAUGACGCAACCGAAGACGAGUAUGCCAGCAGUCAACACCUGGAAAUAAAGGAACAGAUGUAUCAAGACAAACUAGCUAACUUGAAAAAGCAAGUUCAAGAGGUUAAACAUCAAACGCAUGCGGAGUACAUGAGGCGUUUGCGGUUUCUACAGGAUGAGCUAGAAGAUCGCUUGGUGCUGAACGACUGCUCGCAGGACUACCAAACUAGCUGCGCUGAGCGGGACUGCAUUCUGGAGAAGAACGCCGCCUCCAAGGAGUACGAAGAGAAGAAAACGGAGCUUAAGGAGAAUGUUGUGAACGAUCUGGAGGACAGGAAGAAGAUGAUCGAGCACGAGUUCUCGACGAUGGAACUAAAUAGCGACUCCAUCGACGUUAAGCCGACUGUGACGCGCAAGCUGCGCCGCCGUCCAAACGAACCGCUACCGGUACCUGAAAAGAGGCGUAAACCGACCACCGGUCAACUAAUCUUUCUCCUCGACGACAAGGAGGUUGAGAACGAUCUGAAGCUGAUCUCGCGCGGGAAACCUAUCUCUGGUCGCUUGCAUCAGGCCAACGGUGGGGCAACGUCCGGUGGUGCCAGCAACAGUGGUGCCAGUGGCAGUGGUGGAACUGGCACCAGCGGCAGCAACAUAUCGUCUUCUGGGACGAACAGCAGUGGUGCAGGCGUUAGCCAUUCCGCCGCUUCCGGAUCCGUGUCUUCAAGUGUCGUUUUACGUGCCAACGAGUCCGGUAUGGAACAAAAUGGGGCCUCGUCCAACGACAGAGCACAAAGUCUGAACCAAUCGUUGACCAGCGCCCAGUAUUCAUCGGGGCAGCAGCAGUCGCACCAACCACUGAUGGAAACGCGUAUCGAGGACGGAAAGCUGUUGCACGAGCGUCGCUGGUUCCACCGUGGCCAGCCGGUCUUUGUGGAAGGCAAAGAUCUGUCUCGCUUUUCGGCCAACAUCUCCGCUAUCGGUAGCGAGGCGAUUUGGGUGAAGAAGACACUCGAUGGUCAAAAGGUGCGCAUCUUCUUGUCACACCUACGCCGCAAUAAGGUGUCCAUCAAGCGUCGCGCCAACUAAUUUUACACCACACGGCUCACCGUGUUCGACACGCCUGUACAACCAAGCAGGGUUUUUGCGUCACGCGAAAACAGUAUUCUCCCCGUUUCCCGUGUCGGUCUCCUGUCGGCACGACAUCAUAUCGCAUACAUAUCUUUUGACAUAUUGCUUAGUACUCUACCAGUGUACACUAUUUUUUAAUUAUUGCUUGCUUACUUGUACAUACUUCUAUUUCAUUAUCAUGAGAACAAUAUGUUUUAUUCUCGGGUUUUUUUCCCGUAACAAUGGAACAUUAUUUAUUUUUGGGAAAAACUUCCAAUGAAUAUCCAAUGAAUGUUUUCGAUUCCAAUGAACUUGUUUGUUCUAUAUCAUUUCAUAUCAAUGAUAUGGAUAUCGGUUUUACCUGAUUGUCGAACGUGGCGAUCUGACUGACGCAUCACUUAUAUUUCUCACAUGAUUAUUGGUAAUUAUUUUUCAAAUGAUUUAUUUGAAUGCUUGAAUCGCGAUCAUUGCAAUGAUAUUAUUCUUUCGUACCAUGCUGAACGAUGGUGUGUUGUUCCGGUGUUAGCCAAGAAAAUGUGGAACAAAUGAACUCGCUGAACAAAUGGUUGGUGUCGCCAGAAAAGUCCAGUUCGGGAUGAAACUGUGGCGCGCGAUACUCUUUGCCGGCUUCCGGUCGCAGACCACCUUGCCAGGAUACUAGAGUCGUGCCGUGUGAAAACGAUACAAUCGCGAGUAUGAACUGCGAAUCGAAUCUGAUUGAACAUUCGCCUUAUGCAAUUGGAGUACCAAGCAUAAGGAACAAACCAGAAAAAGAAACAUACAGAUUGCGCCUCGUGUGCCUGGGAUCCGAAAUAAUUAAGUUUCUCUGAUACCAGUUUCAAUUUCAAAAAAGGCAGUUUGUAAUGUUCAAUAAAACCAAUAGAAAACCAAAACUGCGGUAAAAGUGAUCCUGCCAUUGGCCCCGAAAUCUUGCUGAGCAACAGUUUUGAUUACCCUAUCUUUGUCGUACUGUUUACAUUGGUCUCUCGCGUGCAAUGUAUUUCAAGGCGCAGACUGGACCCAUGCGGAAU